UGAGGGAGGGCGACCAUGGCGCUCGCGCUGCGCUGCCCCGCCGCCGCCUCGCCGUCGCCGGCCAGGGCCCCCUUCCCCAACUCCUCCACCCACUCCCAGCCUGCGCCGAGGCUCCAGAGGAGGUCGGUAGGGGGCGGCGGAGGCUGCAGGUGCCACUACUACCACGGAGACGGCGCCGGCGGGGGCUACGACCGCGUCCCCAAGCAGUUCCGCGAGGAGAACCUCAAGGAUGGACUGAUGGACAAUUACAAGAAUGUUCCUCAAUUCCUUUAUGGCUUGAGUCCUUCCCAGAUGGAAAUGUUUAUGACUGAUGGCAACCCUUAUAAUCGGCAAUCAACGAAAGUUACAGAGGAAAGUGUUGCUGCUUCUAGGAGUUACGAUGAAUUUGGUAUGUACUCUUUAUCAGGCACCCAUGAGGGUCCUGCAAAUUACAGCAUGGGUAUGGGCAUGCCCAGCAUGAGCAUGGGUAGAGCAGGGCGAGGAUAUAGAAGAAUGAGAAGCUCAGCCCCAGAUCUACCAUCAUUACUGUUGGACUCUCGAAUUAUAUUUCUUGGAAUGCCAAUUGUUCCAGCUGUUACUGAGCUGAUUGCUGCACAGUUUCUGUGGCUAGAUUAUGACGAUCGCACGAAACCAAUAUACUUAUACAUAAACUCCACGGGAACAAUGGAUGAAAAUAAUGAGCUGGUUGCAUCUGAAACGGAUGCAUAUGCAAUUGCUGAUUUCAUCAAUCGGAGCAAAGCCAAGGUUUACACGAUCAAUCUGAGCAUGGCGUAUGGUCAGGCGGCGAUGCUUCUUUCCCUGGGCGAGAAGGGUAAAAGAGGGGUGCUACCAAAUUCGAUAACUAAACUGCACCUGCCCAAGGUCCACAAGUCCGGUGGAGCUGCCAUUGAUAUGUGGAUUAAGGCAAAAGAGUUGGAGACAAACACGGAUUACUACCUGGAGCUCGUGUCCAAAGGAGUUGGUAAACCGAAGGAAGAGCUCGCAGAAUUCCUCAGAGGCCCUAGGUACUUCCGUGCUCAAGAGGCCAUCGACUACGGGAUCGCUGAUACAAUCUUGCACUCGCUGGAUGGUUCGUUCAAGCCAAAGGACCUGACUGCGCAGCUUGCCAAAGCACAGAAGAUGCAGCAAUCAGGGAAGCGUGCGCCCGCUGGUGCUGGGCGAUGGUCAACUCCGACCGCACCUAGAUAGGUUAGAACGGUAUGGUAUGCCUAGGUGACAUCCAUCUCUGCCUGUUUGUAGACUAAGAUCAUCCCUGCCGGAUUCUGUGAUAGGUUCAGGUUAAUGAAAUGUUACACACGGAUUAAUGUAUUCUCUGGUAGAUUUGGUCACUGGAAAAUGCCCAAAUUUUGCAACUUUUGUUGUAGCAGAUAUGAUAAUUGACUUCAUGCUUCUUGUAUCAAUGUAGACACGUUAUUUGCACAAAUAGCUCUACAUGUUUGCCGCCUCA